GUCUCUUCGCUUCGGUUGUGCUUGCGUGUCGUGACAUUGCUGGUGUUAGUAACUAGCUGAACGUACUGACAGUUUGUGGAUAUUGCCGAGGAAUCCGUGAAGCAGCUGAGUUUUAAAGGUAGCUGGGGCUUCUUUCUGUCCUUGGAGGACUCGCAGCUCGCUUUCGUCACCCAGGAAACCAAGGCUUGUCUUGACUCUGGCUGUAAACUGCGAUUUCAUCGGCUCAAGAAUGCCACUUAGAGAACUUGCCACAGUUGUCGCCCUUUUGGUAGGCCUGACGUCACUGCGGGGCGCGUCGGCUGUGGGACUUUGCACGCCCUCUCCUGAGGCGACCGACAUUGCCGACCGCGCGACCUGUCCCUUCAAGAUGUCCAUGGACGUGGACCCUUCUAGGAUCCCUUCCGAGUUGCCAGUGACCAAGUGCAACUGCCCGGACAGUCUGUGUAGUGACAAGGGUGACUACCGCUGUCAAGAGGUGAAGAGUACGUUUAAAGUGGCCUACCGAGGCGCGUCGUCAGAGUUGACCAACAAGACGCUGGAACUGACCACGGCCUGCGUCUGCGUCGUCAACAGGUCGGCCGGAGCAGUGUGGGGCGGCCAGAGAACCACAGGUGGUGAUCCCCAUAAGCCGGCGAAGUUCUAGUCGCGUUCGUUUAUGUCGGGAAUUUCUUGCGGCAUCGAAGUGCGCAUGUGUGACUCGUGAGUUGGCGUCACUAUGACGAAUUGCCGCCGUCCCUACUGAAACGUUCCGUAUGCCAGUCCAAUAAUUCCGUAUGUUUCCGCAAGAAUCUUACGGAAAUAUGUGGAGAACGUAUGGAAAAUAUACGGAAAACAUAUGGAUUCCUUAUGAAAACAUAUGGAAUUAUUGGACUGGCAUAUGGAACGUUUCAGUAGGGGUGCAUGGUCCUGUGGUCCUUAAUCUGACGGAUAGCGUAUACCGUGCCCGCUUUAUUAAUGGCAUAACCCUGUACUUGUAUUCGAAGCAUUGCCGACAACAUGGGGCCGGACGGAAGUAUGUUGUUUGUGCUUUUCUUGGCUGUCUCAUUUUACGUCUUCUACCGCCAAUUCUUUUUGCUUACUUUUGUAUUAUUCUUCCUUGUGAUCAGAGAAAGCGGCUAUUCGUACAACGUUGGCCUUUCUGCGAUCACACUAUUUGUCACUUCUUUUGUGAGCGCCGUGCACUACAACAGGAUAGAAACGUAGAAACGUAGAACGACUUGAGUAGCAUCAAGCAAGUUUUGUGCUGUGUGAGAUACCAGAUGCGGCUACGGUUUAUCGUCCCAACAACGCGUGGUUUAUCUUUCAUUGGCUUUAUCUGAUCACGUGUGAAAGAAGUCGGGGCGCAUUGCACAAUGUAAUGUCUAUGAUCGUAAGGCACGGGCAUGUGUCUUCGUCCGACUGUUCUACAUCUUCUCGUUGUUGUGGUUAGGUGGGAGGCAAUGCAUCUUCUUUUUUUUUGGAGAACAAGGCCGAGGUUUUAAUGGCGGGGCCCGAGCAAAUGGUGUUUACAAAACGCGAUACGACAGCUUUCGCAUUUUCAAUUCAUAGAGCCUUGGACUUCAAUCAAUAAUCUAGAGUCUUCUAAAAAAUUACAGCAUCUCCCCAGCUAAACACGCCGCUGAAUUUGUAUCGCUCUCUGAUUGUUCAAAUUACAUUAUGCUUCCUUGGAAAUAAAGUGCAUGUUGUUAUUU